AAAAAGUAUCACCUAGGAGAGUCACAAAACAUCUGUAAGUUUUUUUUUCAUAUUUAUGAUGAUGUACAGUUUGUGGUGGUGAAUUCAUAUGGGUCAUGACCCAUGAAGCUUUGGCGCCACCAUUCCUUCCAGAAACCUCUUCAUCAACGUCUUCACCUGCCUUUUAAACCAGCCCCUAAACUCAUUCAGACCGUUCCUCAAUUUAGCCAAGACCCACAAACCACUGCUAUACUAAACUUAAUUGACAAGGGCAAUUUCACACCCACUUCUGUAUCCUACUCCAAACUCUUGUCACAAUGCUGUACAACCAAGUCUUUAAGGCCAGGACUUCAAAUCCAUGCCCACAUUACCAAAUCUGGAUUGUCUGAUGACCCAAGUAUUCGAAACCAUCUGAUUAAUUUGUACUCCAAGUGUCGAAAUUUUGGGUAUGCCCGGAAACUGGUUGAUGAAAGUUCCGAACCGGAUUUGGUUUCUUGGUCUGCUUUGAUAUCUGGGUAUGCCCAGAAUGGGCUUGGUGGAGGAGCCCUUAUGGCUUUUCAUGAAAUGCACUUGUUGGGCGUUAAGUGUAAUGAGUUUACAUUCUCGAGCGUUCUUAAGGCUUGCUCAAUUGUGAAGGAUUUGAGGAUUGGGAAGCAGGUUCAUGGGGUUGUGGUGGUUUCUGGGUUUGAGGGUGAUGUGUUUGUUGCGAAUACUUUGGUUGUUAUGUAUGCAAAAUGCGAUGAAUUCUUGGAUUCGAAGAGAUUGUUUGAUGAAAUUCCCGAAAGGAAUGUGGUCUCAUGGAAUGCGUUGUUUUCUUGUUAUGUGCAGAUUGAUUUUUGUGGAGAAGCAGUUGGUUUAUUCUAUGAAAUGGUUUUAAGUGGGAUAAAGCCUAAUGAGUUUAGUCUUUCAAGCAUGGUGAAUGCUUGUACAGGUUUGAGGGAUAGUUCUCGAGGAAAGAUAAUUCAUGGAUAUCUGAUAAAGCUUGGAUAUGAUUGGGAUCCAUUCUCAGCAAAUGCACUAGUUGAUAUGUAUGCAAAAGUAGGGGAUCUUGCAGAUGCAAUUUCAGUUUUUGAGAAAAUUAAGCAACCUGACAUUGUCUCUUGGAAUGCUGUUAUUGCUGGUUGUGUUCUUCAUGAGCACCAUGAACAGGCUUUGGAAUUGUUGGGGCAAAUGAAAAGGUCAGGGAUAUGUCCAAAUAUAUUUACCUUAUCAAGUGCUCUGAAAGCUUGUGCAGGAAUGGGGCUUAAGGAAUUGGGUAGACAACUGCACUCUAGCUUGAUGAAGAUGGAUAUGGAAUCAGAUUUGUUUGUGAGUGUUGGUCUUGUUGAUAUGUAUUCCAAAUGUGAUUUGUUGGAGGAUGCAAGGAUGGCUUUCAAUUUGUUGCCAGAGAAGGACUUGAUUGCAUGGAAUGCUAUCAUUUCUGGAUAUUCACAGUACUGGGAAGACAUGGAAGCCCUAUCCCUUUUUGUUGAGAUGCACAAGGAAGGGAUAGGAUUCAACCAGACAACUUUAUCUACAAUCCUCAAAUCCACAGCUGGUUUGCAGGUUGUCCAUGUCUGUAGACAAGUUCAUGGACUUUCUGUAAAAUCAGGGUUUCAUUCUGACAUUUAUGUUGUAAACAGCCUUAUAGAUUCUUAUGGAAAAUGUAGUCAUGUAGAAGACGCGGAAAGAAUUUUUGAAGAAUGCACGAUAGGAGAUUUGGUAUCUUUCACAUCUAUGAUAACAGCUUAUGCUCAAUAUGGCCAAGGAGAAGAAGCUCUAAAGCUCUUCUUGGAAAUGCAAGAUAUGGAGCUUAAGCCUGAUCGGUUUGUUUGUAGCUCUCUCUUGAAUGCUUGUGCAAAUUUAUCAGCAUUUGAACAAGGAAAGCAGUUACAUGUACACAUCUUGAAGUAUGGAUUUGUAUUGGACAUUUUUGCUGGGAAUUCUCUUGUUAACAUGUAUGCCAAAUGCGGAAGUAUAGAUGACGCUGGCCGUGCUUUCUCUGAGUUAACUGAGAGAGGGAUAGUCUCGUGGUCUGCGAUGAUUGGAGGACUGGCUCAGCAUGGACAUGGGAGACAGGCCCUCCAACUAUUCAAUCAGAUGCUUAAAGAAGGUGUUUCUCCCAAUCAUAUUACUUUAGUUAGUGUCCUUGGUGCAUGUAAUCAUGCAGGUUUAGUGACUGAAGCCAAACUAUAUUUCGAAUCAAUGGAAGAGUUAUUUGGCUUUAAACCAAUGCAAGAGCAUUAUGCUUGCAUGAUUGAUCUGCUUGGCCGAGCAGGGAAAAUAAAUGAGGCAGUGGAACUUGUGAAUAAAAUGCCAUUUGAAGCCAAUGCUUCAGUAUGGGGGGCACUUCUUGGUGCUGCAAGAAUCCACAAGGAUGUUGAGCUGGGCAGACGUGCUGCUGAGAUGCUUUUCAUUCUAGAACCAGAAAAAUCUGGUACCCAUGUUCUUCUUGCUAACAUUUAUGCAUCAGCUGGCAAGUGGGAAAAUGUUGCGGAAGUGAGAAGAUUAAUGAGAGACAGCAAGGUGAAGAAGGAGCCUGGGAUGAGUUGGAUUGAGGUGAAAGACAAGGUAUACACCUUUUUGGUUGGAGACAGAAGCCAUUAUAGAAGUCAAGAGAUAUAUGCAAAACUUGAUGAGCUGAGUGACCUGAUGGACAAAGCCGGAUAUGUUCCAAUGGUAGAGAUUGACCUCCACGAUGUGGAGCAAAGUGAAAAGGAACUUCUUCUCUACCACCACAGCGAGAAACUUGCAGUGGCUUUUGGGCUGAUCGCAACUCCACAAGGAGCUCCUAUAAGGGUGAAGAAGAACCUUAGGGUCUGUGUUGACUGCCAUACUGCAUUCAAGUACAUCUGCAAAAUUGUCUCAAGGGAGAUUAUUGUGAGAGAUAUCAACAGAUUCCACCAUUUCAAAGACGGUUCUUGUUCUUGUGGUGAUUAUUGGUAACAUUCUUGAGGUAGCAGUACCCUCCUUUGCAUUAGAAGUGUAUGCUAGCCAUUCAAUUCGCAUUCAUCAUGGCAUAGUUAUAAACAUUUUGAUAGUCUACAUAAAACAUCGUCUUCUAAUACAAAACAGGAUAAAUUUUGUCGCCAUCUGAUGUAUUUAUCAAAUACAAUUUCAAUAAAUGACAAGUUCUUUUUUCCCUUC